UUUAAAAGAAUAUCUAUAAUUGCAGCGGCAUUUAAGAUUUACCAUAGCUGAAGGUUAUCGAACUUGAAAGCUGUUGUCUUCUGAAGAGAAAUUCUUACAAGAUGGUGUUGAUCUUUGGAUCCUUCAAUUGUGGUUUAAUGGUAACACGAUCAGAAUCACUGGAUUGUCAGUAUCUUCUCUACAUCAAUUAGAUCUAGUUGUUGCAUCUCAAUGAUGUGCGAAUCUUUUAAAAAGAUCUCUAUAGGAAUCUGAAAUAAGAGGUCGUUGAUCAAAAGUUUCUAGACUUGCACUAUCUCGUUUGGAUGCACCUUAGGGCUCUUUUAGUUGGCCAAAGGUCUACUUUGCUUUUGAAAUUCACCUCGCAGCAAGUUUCGUUGAAGUUGGUUAUAAUGAAAAGUUUAGUCCGAUGAAAGUCGAUAGCACUAAACUGCAGUUUUUUGUUGACUUAUAAUGCUUUUCUUGUUGAAAGUCGUGGUGGCCAUAGUCAAAAUAUUUAUGGGGAUAGGUUAAUGAUCAUUAAUAUUAAAUGCACCAUGCUAGGGAACUCGACCUCAAUUUGUGUUGGGAAAAGUCAAAAUGUGUUUUUGGAAGUCAAAACUUGCAUUUCACAGUUGAGAUCAAAUUUUUGUCAGCAAGAAAACAAAAAUCAGCACUUCCUUGAGGACCCCACAAUUUGAGACCCUGACUUACACCUAAUUAAACAUGCUAUUAUGUGUCAGAUUUUUGAUCAAGGUAGAAGUAGUGGAUCUGUGAAGACAGAUUGGUUGCUUAGUGGAUUGUUGUUGACUUCAUUUCCUGCUUGGUAAGUCUUCGACAAUCAGAUCUUCCACCAUUUGCUUCUCAUCUCAUGCAUGGAGUUCUACUUUGCACCUUGAAACAACGAAGUUCAUUAUGAAUAUCUUCUGCCUUCGUCAGAUCAGACUGUACGUCAAGAGGAGUUUGAAUUAACGUUGAAACUCCAAUGAUAGGUUGUGCUGAUUAUGAUUAAACUUUUAGGCAUGUAAAUUGUCAUUUAAAUAUGAAUAUAUUUUCAAAAACUUUAUGAAAUCAUCAAUUAAAUUUUUGAAGCUUUUUGCCAUGGCACCUAUUUUCCUUUCAUGUGCCUUGAAGCAUUGAUUGAUUGCAGUGAACCUUGAAUGAUAGCUCUGCAUGAUACUGUAAUCUAAUCCACUUUUAUGCACAUAAAUGGACAGAAGUCAGAGUUGUUGAAGGCCUUAUAAAGUAGAUGCAUCACAUAUCAUCUGAUGUUGCUCUGGUUGAAAUAUGAGGACUUCUAUAAGAUAUACCAUGGAGAAGAAUCAGAUUGGUUGUGGCCCAAGCAACUUAACUUUCAUUUACUGUUCCAUAAAUUAUUAUGUUUAGAAGCAUUGUUUACUUUUGUACAUAUGCUGGAUGGUCAUCAGUCAUCACCUUGCCCAAACAAGAUACUUAUUGGUACUCAAUUGCUUGUACUCAAGUCAAUAGCCAUAACCUACCUAAAGUAUGGGACGGAGACAAGUGACAGAUCUAGAGAAUGCCAGCUGGGCAGCGAGAUCUUUAUAUCCUUUUUAGGAUUUGAAACUAAUUUUAAUCGAUUAAUGCAAAUCUUGUCAACCCUAAAUGUGGUUUUGAUCGGGAGGCUUACAAGUAAGAUCUAAUUAAUGACAUAAAAUCUAAUAUAAAUAGGAAUUUCUGCUCCUUUAAUACCUUAAGCUUUCUUUGGUUCUCUAUGCUUCCUAGCCUCAAGGGAAGUGUCCUGCAUCAUAACUCCGUAUACCCAUUUUCAUGCCUGUGGAAUCUAUUUUCUUCUCUUUUUCCUACUAAAACUUUCUGCAGCUCAGGAAAUGAAGGGAUGGUUUAUAAAAAAGAGUCAGGAAGGUUGGCCCGAGGAAAUAUUGAAUAAGUCAUUGGAAGAGAUAUGCUCAGAAAAAGGUUAUCUGGAAAAGUGCCUUUUGAUUCUGAUUCAUGCUUUUCAGUCAUGUGAGGAGAGUAUAUCAGCAGAAAAGGUGAACUUAGAGCAAUAUGGAUCCAAUCUUAUUUAUAGAUACCAGUUGAUGGUAUCAUCAGUUCUCCUAACAACGCUUCCUCGGCAUUUUCCUGAGAUGCUGCGCUUCUAUUUUAAAAAAAAAUUGGAGCAGCUAAGCACUUUGAUGGCUGAGGAUUAUGAAGAUGGAAACAGAUUCCAAAUUGAUGACCAAAAGAGCAAGAGUAACCUUGCAUCUGGAGAGAUGGAUGUUGAUGGGAGCAAUCGUGAGACAAUUUUUUCAAAGAACACUUCCUUGGUUAAAAACAUUGGUGCUGUUGUUCGUGAUCUAAGAAGUCUUGGUUUUACAUCCCUGACUGAAGAUGCUUAUGCUUCUGCUAUCUUUUCACUCUUGAAGGCUAAAGUUCAUAAUUUAGCUGGUGAUGAUUACAGAGCUCCUGUUCUUGGAUCUAUUAAAGAGUGGAUUCAGGCUGUUCCUCUGCAGUUCUUACAUGCUCUUCUAGCAUAUCUGGGUGACUCAUUUGACUAUGAUAGCAUGUCAUCUGGUCUUAAAUCGCCUUUGGCUUCACGUCCAUCAUGUUACCCAGGGAUUGAUUCUCCUUCCGAAGGGCUUGUUAGAUGGCAGUUGCGCCUUGAGUAUUUUGCUUAUGAAACAUUGCAAGACUUGAGAAUAGGCAAACUUUUUGAGAUUAUCGUGGAUUAUCCUGACAGCUAUCCUGCAAUUCAAGACUUGAAGCAGUGUCUAGAAUAUACAGGGCAGCAUUCAAAGCUUGUUGAUUCAUUCAUCUCUUCUUUAAGAUAUCGCCUACUUACUGCUGGUGCCUCAACCUAUGACAUAUUGCACCAAUAUAUGUCCACUAUCAAGGCACUUCGAAUAAUAGAUCCUACUGGUGUAUUUCUUGAAGCAGUAGGUGAACCAAUUAGGGAUUAUUUGAGGGGAAGAAAAGAUACUAUAAAAUGCAUUGUUACCAUGCUUACUGAUGGGCCCGGGGGAAAUCCUAGUGGCCCAGGAAAUGCUGGUGAUAGUCUUCUUGAAGAGUUAAAUAGAGAUGCAGAGAACCAAGAGAGCACUGAUUAUGAUGAUGAUAUCAAUUCGGACGACAAGCAAGCAUGGAUAAAUGCUGAACGCUGGGAACCAGAUCCAGUAGAGGCAGACCCUUUGAAAGGUAGCAGGAACAGAAGGAAGAUUGACAUACUUGGAAUGAUGGUCAGCAUAAUUGGUUCGAAGGACCAGCUAGUUAAUGAAUACCGUGUUAUGCUGGCAGAAAAGCUUCUAAAUAAAUCUGAUUAUGAUAUUGACUCAGAGAUACGUACCUUAGAGCUCCUUAAGAUACACUUUGGAGAGAGCAGCAUGCAGAAAUGUGAAAUUAUGCUUAAUGAUUUGAUUGAUUCAAAGAGGACAAAUGCUAAUAUUAAAGCAUCUCUACCCCAGCCAUCUCUCAGUGGUUCUGAGCAAGGAGAGACAGACAUCUCUCUGCAUAUUCUUGAUGCAACAAUAAUAUCUUCAAACUUUUGGCCCCCAAUACAGGCGGAGUCUCUUAACAUCCCUGCUUCUGUUGAUCAACUACUAUGUGAUUAUGCAAAGAGGUUCCAUGAGAUCAAGACGCCUCGUAAGCUAUUGUGGAAGAAGAAUCUUGGAACAGUGAAGUUGGAACUGCAAUUUGAAGAUCGGAACAUGCAGUUUACUGUGACUCCAGUGCAUGCAGCGAUUAUCAUGCAAUUUCAGGAGCAAACAAGUUGGACUUCCAAGAAUCUUGCGGCAGCGACUGGGAUGCCUGUGGAUACACUUAACCGGAGAAUAAAUUUUUGGAUUAGCAAGGGAAUCCUAGCAGAGUCAGCUGGAUCAGAUUCCGAUGAUCAUGUCUUUACCAUUGUUGAUGAUGUGAAUAAUAAUGGGCUUAUCCAUGGGAGUUCUGAAGGCCUUUUAGCAGCAGAUGAGGAAGGCGAGAGAUCCGUGGCCUCUGUGGAGGAACAGCUGCGGAAAGAAAUGACUGUAUAUGAGAAAUUCAUCAUCGGGAUGCUCACCAAUUUUGGCAGUAUGACACUGGAUAGGAUACAUAAUACUUUGAAGAUGUUCUGUGUAGCUGAACCUUCUUAUGACAAGUCACUCCAGCAACUGCAGAGCUUUCUGACAGGUCUUAUAACUGAAGAGAAGCUAGAAAUGAGGGAUGGGUUGUACUUUCUCAAGAAGUAACUAUUACUGCAACCUUUCAGUCUUGCAUGUUCAAGAAGGGCGGCCAGGUGACAUUUACUAAUGUAAAUUGAAAGGACUCUUUAUUUCUAAAAGAUGCUUUGGGGUGUUUUUUUUUUUUUUUUUGGUACAAAGGGGUGCAUCUUUAACAGGCCUUGGCUCCAAUGUUGAGCUGGCAGCUUAACAACCACCCCCUCAUGUAUGGUGCACCAAUUCGCGCCUGGACACCAACCUUCCUGUGCCACAUGGCGAAAUGAGCAUUCGGGGAGUAUAUAACUGGCUCCCCACAGCAUUACUCUUUAUUUAUUUGUUUACAACUAGAUAUAUUUCAUCUUCCAGUGCACAUCAAUUAAGUUGUGAAAUCGUUGUUAAUUAAGUUGUCCAACAAACUUGACAAGUGAUUACCUUUUAGAUUUUGUGGCUGCUUUUCGAUCAAAAGGACUGGAGAAAGGGGGUUGUCGUAGGAAGGAUUUCUGUGAUGGUGCAAUCAAAUCUUUGCUGGAUUUACAAACAUAACAGAAAUGAUUGCCUUUUCGAUUCCAGUGGCUAUUCUGAUUGAAGGAAGGAAAAAAGUGGUCUUAACGGAAAGAUUUCCUGUUAUGGUGGAAUCAAGUCCUUGUAAUUACAGAAACAGAAAAUGAGAUUGUUAUAGGAAAGAUUGCUGUGAUGGUGAAAUCAAGUUGUAUCUCAAAGUUGUAAUUAAUACUAGUAGUAAAUAUUGAUCUUACUCUUCAUUUCUUCUCGCA